AGCGGCGGCGGCGGCGGCAGCCGCAGGAGCGUGGAGGUGCGGGUCCAGGUGUCUCGUUUCUGCUCUCAGUGCUCGGCCCGGUGGCUGCUGGCGGCUCAGCGCGCUCCAAAACGGUCACUCCGCCUCAGCUGCGGCGGCCGUUAAACAGCCGCUUCCGGCCGCAGCCCCCCCGCUUCCCGCCUGCCCUCACCUCCCCGCAGGGGCUGAGGCGAUGAACUCGCUGCUUUUCGGCGAGGUGGCCCGCGCCUUCUCCCCCGCUGCCGCCGCCGCCUCCUGCCCGCUGGGCCCCGGCGGUGCCGGCGGUCCUGGCAGCCCAGCGGCGGCGGCGGGGGGUCCGCCGGUAACGGCGGCUCUUCGUAACGACCUGGGCUCCAACAUCCAUCUGCUGAAGGGACUGAACGUGCGGUUCCGCUGCUUCCUGGCCAAGGUCCAUGAGCUGGAGCGGCGGAACCGGCUGCUGGAGAAGCAGCUGGCGGCCCAGCAGAGCGAGCGCGACCGCCGCCUCCGGUACAAGACCUUCUCCCGCGACCAGGCCGUGCAGACCGACUGCGGUACCUCCCCGCUGCUGCCGCCGGGCCCCGGCCACGGGCUGGCCGCCGCUCCCCUCGCCUCGCCUCCUCACUACAGCCGCUUGCCCGGUACCAUCUGGAGCUACACCCAGGUGCGGCGAACCGGAGGCGGCGGGUUGGAGACGGUGCAGGGGCCCGGCGUCUCCUGGAUCCACCCGGACGGCGUCGGAGUCCAGAUCGACACCAUCACCCCCGAGAUCCGAGCCCUCUACAACGUGCUGGCCAAAGUCAAGCGGGAGCGGGAUGAGUACAAGAGAAAUAAUUCUCUCCAGAAGGAAUUGCUGCUGUUCAAAGGUCUGGCUGCUGUUUUAUGUGGAGCACAAGUCUGGGAGAGAGGAGUUGAAUGUGAAGCUCUGCUUCCUAAUGAAAUAGUGAAGGAUGAACAGUGCAAAGGAUGGGAAGAGGAACUGACAAGGAGAAUGAGUCUGGAAUCGAUGGUAGAAACCUUGCGAGAGGAGGCUCAGGAGGCGGAAGCUCUGCAGGAGGAGUUAAAUGAGAAGAUUGAGAGGCUGAAAGCAGAACUUGUGGUCUUUAAGGGCCUGAUGAGUGAUCCCAUGACAGACCUGGACACAAAGAUUCAAGAAAAGGCCAUGAAGGUGGACAUGGACAUCUGCCGGCGAAUCGAUAUCACAGCCAAGCUGUGCGAUGUAGCGCAGCAGCGCAACUCGGAAGACGUUUCCAAGAUAUUCCAGGUGGCUUCCAAGAAGAAGGAGCGCAAGCUCACGUCUGACGACGACCUCUCUGAACAGGAUGGAGACAAUGGCAGGUUCUCUGAUGAUGAGGUCAGCUGUUCCUUGAACAUCACAGAUGAAAUGAAGAGAAUGUUUAACCAGCUUCGUGAGACCUUUGACUUCGACGAUGACUGUGACAGCUUAACCUGGGAGGAGAACGAGGAAACAUUGCUGCUUUGGGAAGACUUCACCAACUGCAAUCCUUCAAUCGACCUCCAAGGAGAGGAAGAAAACCUGGGGAACUUGAUCCACGAAACAGAGUCUUUCUUCAAAACAAGAGACAAAGAAUACCAAGAAACAAUAGGGCAGAUAGAGCUGGAACUGGCCACGGCCAAGAGCGACAUGAAUCGGCACCUUCACGAAUACAUGGAAAUGUGCAGCAUGAAAAGGGGCCUGGAUGUGCAAAUGGAAACCUGUAGGAGGCUUAUCAAAGGUUCAGCUGACAGGAAUUCUCCAUCUCCCAGCUCUGUAGCCAGCAGCGACUCAGGAAACACAGAUGACAUUCAGGAUGAGUUGGACAGAGAGACGGACGUGGAGCCCAUGGUCAGCUGAUACGUAGCUGGAGCAUUCCAGUGAAAGGGAGGACACAAGAGAAGAUCAGAAAACAAUAAACUCCUGGGAGGAAAGGAAAAGAAAGAAAGAAAAAGAAAGAAAAAGGAAAAGAAA